GCUGUGAAUCUUUCAUGGUUACCUUUCAAUCUUCUGUUCCUCUUCCGGGCUCAAUCAAAUUCAUAUCCUGAAAAUAUGGUGGCCGAAAGAGAAAGAGAGGUUAACGGUAACGGCGACGGAGAGAGAACGUUAAUAUUCACCUACGGAACCCUCAAGAGAGGAUUCUCCAAUCACCCGCUUCUUCAAGACCUCAUCCGCGCCGGCGACGCUUCCUUCGUCGGAACCUAUCGCACCGCCGGAAAAUACCCUCUUGUAUGCGGGCCAUACCGGGUCCCUUUCCUCCUCAACUUUCCCGGGUCGGGUUGUUGGGUCCACGGGGAGCUCUACUCUGUCUCCACGCGCGGCCUCGUUCGGAUGGACGAACUGGAGGGGACGUCACGCGCCCACUACGAGCGUCUCCCAAUAAAGGUGGUUCCGGCGGGGGAGGGCGAGGGGGAGGAGGGGAAGGAGGCGGAGGAGGAGACGGUGGCGGGGGUAACGUGCGCGGAGGCGUAUUAUGCACACAGGAACUACGCGAUGGAGAUGUGGAAGAAGAACGGGAAGCGAGGGUUGAGAUGUUAUUCGCAGAAAGAGACGAUUGGUUAUGUGAAACGCAAGGAUCGGCCUCAAAAUUUGACCUUUCUCGAUCAUAUUCGCUUUUUCCUUGCCUCAAAUUAGAACAAGUUUAAUUCUAUUAUCUCUCUCUCUCCCACCCACACACACUGAAAGUAAUAAUUAGGAAGGGUUUUUUCACCUUGUGUUAUUAUGUACCUUCUGGUUGAUUAGGUUAGUCUUUUGCAUGAUUAGAUCAUGUUCUGUGUAUCAAUGCAAUUUUCUCUAUUCAUCAGUGGUGGGACUACUACUGCUACUAUUACAUGUUAUGUUAUGUUAAGUUUUUGCAUUUUGCAAAGAGGAAAACAAA